AUGAGAGCUCCUAGGACUAGUCGAGCUCCACCAGUUAGCUUGUACCGACUUGCCUCGCUCACAAGCUUCAGUCCACUUGUAUAUCCUGAAGGGACGCACUGUAUGGUCCCAUGGUUCGAAAGACCAGUUAUUUAUGAUGUUUGUGCACGACCUCAAGUAGUAGAGAGCACGUCAGGCAGUCGUGACCUUCAGAUGGUAAAAAUUUGUCUUUGGGUUCUCAAUUGUCCAGUGUCUGAUCAGUUACCCACAGUUUAUCGAACUCUAGGUGAAAACUACAAUGAGAGGGUUCUGCCUUCAAUUAUUCAUGAAACUUUGGAAGCUGUGGUUGCCCAGUACAAUGCUAGUCAGCUUAUCACCCAAAGAGAGUAA